UUGGAGCCGUUUGUAUUUAGAAUGCGUCCAGGAGCACGUGCCCCUCCUCUUCACGCCGCGCGGUCCUCCCUGUGUGUGUGUCUCUUAGUCGUUUUCUUCCACUGUGUUGUGGCUGCAGGCGCUGUGUAUGAUGGAAGAAAUAAGCAGGGUUCACUGAAGAGCAUCCUUGACCAUGUACAGAGUUAUGAGAUUACUUAUCCCAUAUGGCUGCAUCCUCACAGACACAGGAGGUCUGCCAACAAAGAGCAUCCUGCAGAGACAGAGGUUCUGAUCUCAGCUGAGGGCCAGCAGCUCAGAAUACACCUGGAGAAAAAUGAGCAGCUGUUGGCCCCUGGAUACCAGGAAAUAUGGUACAGUCCUGAUGGAGCUCGCAAGUUCUCCUCUCCCGCCAACACCGGACACUGUUUCUACCAUGGGACAGUUCAGGGUAUCGAAGGUUCAAGCGUUGCUGUUAGCACAUGCUUAGGACUCAGGGGCCUGAUUUCUCUGAACACAAGCGUGAGCUACCUGAUAGAGCCUCUUCCUGUUUCCACGGAUGCUCAGCAGCACGCUGUGUUCAGAGCCGAGAGUCUCCAUCUCCCCGGAGGUAGCUGCCUGCAUCACCAUGGCAACAAGGGGGACGAAGAGCAGCUUAAUGACUUCAUCCAUGGAAUGAUGUCACCACGGAGCGCGAGGGAGAAAAGGGACCUGAGUAAGAACAUGAAGUAUGUAGAGCUGCUGAUGGUGGCAGACAAGGCUGAGUUUGAGAACCAUGGGAGUAGUCUCGAGAACACCAAAGUGAAACUACUGGAAGCGGCGAACUUGGUUGACAAGUACUACAAGGCUUUGAACAUCCGUGUGGCAUUAAUCGGUCUGGAGUUGUGGACCAGCCAGGACAUGAUCAGCGUGUCCGAUAACCCACACGGCACUCUGGCCGCGUUCCUGUCCUGGAGACGCAGACAGCUCGGCGUGCUCCCCAACGACAACGCUCAGCUCAUCACGGGGAAGUCAUUCCAGGGUACCACCAUUGGACUUGCACCUCUCAAAGCCAUGUGCUCCGACUAUCAGUCUGGCGGAGUGAACACGGACCACUCUGAAUCAGCUGUUGGUGUUGCCGCCACCAUGGCGCACGAGAUGGGUCACAACUUCGGCAUGAGCCAUGACAGUACUGGCUGCUGUCAGGCGAGAGCAGAGGACGGGGGUUGCAUCAUGGCUGCUGCUACUGGGCAUCCGUUUCCACGAGUGUUUAAUGGCUGUAACGAGAAGGAGCUGAAGAGCUACCUCAGCUCUGGAGGAGGGAAGUGUCUCUUCAACGUGCCUAACACCAGAACCAUAUAUGGAGGACAGCGCUGCGGCAAUGGUUACCUGGAGGAUGGAGAAGAAUGUGACUGUGGAGAGGAAGAGGAGUGCACCAGUCCUUGCUGUAAUGCCAACAACUGCACUCUGAAAGCUGGAGCUGAGUGCGCCCAUGGCAUCUGCUGUGAUAAAUGCAAGUUGAAGAGCCCAGGUGUUCUGUGCCGCCCUCCCUCAGGACCGUGCGACCUGCCAGAGUACUGCGAUGGAAAAGCAGAGUCUUGUCCUGCUAAUUUCUAUUUGGUGGAUGGUACGUCGUGCGCAGGCGGGCAGGCCUACUGUUACACCGGCAUGUGUCUGACGCUGCAGCAGCAGUGUCUGUCACUGUGGGGACGAGAUGGCCAUCCAGCCCCUGACCUGUGUUUUAAGAAGGUAAAUGAAGCUGGGGACAUGUACGGAAACUGUGGCAAAGAUCUGUUUGGGAAAUACAGGAGCUGUAAGGACAGGGAUGCUAAAUGUGGGAAAAUCCAGUGUUUAACUUCAGCCUCCAAGCCCAUUGAGAACAAUGCUGUUCGCAUAGAAACCACAGUCACUGUGGGCAACAAGAGGAUCCAGUGUAUGGGAACUCAUGUGUACAAGCCUGGGCAGGGGCAGGAGGACACACAGGGUGAUACUCUGGACCCGGGCCUGGUCAUGACUGGCACCAAGUGUGGUGAUGACUCGAUUUGCUUUAAUGGAGAAUGCCGCAAUGCAUCUUUUCUCAGAGCUGAUGAGUGCAAUGCCAAGUGCCAUGGACACGGGCUGUGUAACAACAACCAUAACUGCCACUGUGACCCAGGCUGGGCUCCUCCUCUCUGUGACCAGAAGGGGUCAGGUGGGAGUAAAGAUAGCGGACCUGUCAACAGCCACAGCAGUCUCCUUCCAGUCCUGCUCGUCCUCCCUCUGGUUGUCUUUGCGGUUUUGGCUGCUGUCGGACUGUGGUGCUGCUACAGGCAUAAACUCCACCCACUGAAAACUUCAGCUUCACCUCCACUACCAAAUUGUUCAGCCCAGACCGAGGGCAAGCCUAUGUUUGCUGAUGAUCAUGUUAACGGUCACACCAACCCAACGUUCUUGCUCAAGAAACAGCAGUCAGACCACCUGGUGAAAUCCUCUCCUCGUCCGAGCCCGUCUUGCUCAGCGCGGCCCAGACAUGGUAUUGUGCGUCCAGCAGUGAAGCCUCCUCCCAUACCUGCAUAUGCUGCACUGAAAAAAGAGCAGACGCCUCAGCCUCAGAUCCAGCCUGUAGCUUCUCCUCAGAGACAAAACUCUCCUCAGGCUUACACCACCCCUCCUUUUAAAUCUGCCCAGCUGACUGAGCAGAAACAAAACCGGGCUCCUCCUCCACCUUCAGGACCUCCACCAGGACCCCCACCACAUUGCGUGGGUACUAAAAGCCACUCACAGCCUUCAGCUGCACCUAAACCCCUACCAGACCCUCCUGACAGACCUCCACCCCCUUGUCCUGUCAACAGACCAUCAGUGGAUCAACAUCAAGUGAAAGGUCUGCAGGUUACCACCAAUGCCCUGCAGAGAGGAAAAGCUGCUUUGGCUCCAUCUGCUGGACAGAAAAAGCCAAACAGAACCUAAACUAAGAUCUCAGGGAGACGUUGGGGACCAACAUUUACAUCCAUAAAUGGACUUCCUCAAACUGUCUUUUUAGUGGCUGGCCAAGUAAACAUGGCACUGUGGGAUAUGAUGGAAUACUUGACACACUUGCUCUGUGAAUUACAGUAUAUUUAUUCUAACAUGUAUUGAGGAACGAUGGUAGAAUAAUGAGAAGUUACAGAACAUAUCACAGCGAGUAUGUCUGAAGUCUAAGAUUUAGACUUAAUUAGUGUUUUGUAAAUUUGCUCUAUGUAUCUGCUGUAUCAAUUUGAACCAGGCAGGGCUGUGAAUUUAAGAACUUUUUUUGUUUGCUUUUUUUAUUUUUUGUGAUUAUUGUCCCAGAUGUUAAUGGCAAUGUGAAAUUGUUCCAUGUGUGUCAGCAGUGUUGAAACACAGGACUAUUUAGUCACAAAGCAAAGAAAAAUGAAUGUUUACGGUAUAGCCUAUGUACUAAACAUAGUGUCUCUCGAAGAGCAUCAACUGUAAGGGGAUAUCUUAUAUUAAGAAAAGAUGCCAAUAGUGAAGUGCUUACGCUUCUUACGCGUGAAAAAUAAAGGGAUUUUAACUGGACUAAUGGGGACCAAUGAAAACCCUACAUGCAUGCUAUAAGUAUAUGCUUAUGCUGAGAGAUACAUGUGUGAUGUGUGUCAAGAAAUGUUAGAGAUUUGUCGUUUUUUAAUUUUUUUUUUGUUUUAAUUAUUUUAUAUUGUUGUGAUGUUGCACUUUUAACAGUCUUUUUAGUAUCAAAUACUCCUGAAGGCAUUAAUAUCCUGCCACAAAGUACCAACUAGUCUCAGUCACCUUUCAAGCCAACAGGGGGUGAGUAUUUGGUACUGAAAAGAUUUUGUGUGAAGCAUCACUUGAAGGUGACCAUUCAAACCCUCGUCAAUUUUAUUUCUUACUUCUGUCACUGACAAUAAGUGAUGAAGUUGUCCUUGUCCAGGGCAACAUUUCAGAUAAAUUCACAUUAGGAGCAAAAGUGAGCCAUAGUUUUGUGUACAUGUAUCAGUUAAACUUUCCAAAAUUGCACCAUAAAAUUGAAUGAUUUAAUGUGUCUGUCCAAAGAUGUUUUCAAAUCUGCUCAGUGGGAGUUCCCUCAUGACCAAAAUACUAUGUGAUUACUCUUUUACCUAAGGAGACUUUAUGUGACUGCAGAGGCAAUGAAAUAGUGAUAACUCUGGCAUUAUUUUAAGGUACUGUUGAAAACAGUGGUUCAUUUGACUGCUGAGGGGAUGAACCAGUUUGGUCAGUAAUAUGGAAAUACAGUCUGUCAGCUGCCAUGUUUUACCUUCUAAUCAGACCUAUGCAAACUCAGGCACUGAGCAACACUGUGUCUUCAACUGGAAUCUACAUGAACACGUGAAGAAUAAAAAUAUGAUGUUAUACAUUA